AUGUCAGCAUUUCCGGAAAUUCCAGUAACAGUCAUCCCAUUAAACUCAUCGUUUGAAGGACAGAGAGCAUUCUCAAUUGCAGUUGGCAUACCAUUUAUUAUUGGUAGAAGCGUGGACCAGGCGGAAGCACUUGCUGGCACUCUCAAGUUUGUGUCAAAGGUUUAUCUCAGGGAUAUCAAAAGUUCUAGCGGUACUUUUCUCAAUGAUCAGCGACUUAGUCCUCAAGGAACUGAAAGCGCUUUGAUGGAAUUAAAAUCUGGAGAUAUUAUUCGUUUGGGGGAGGACUGUGAAGUUGGUGGAGUGCUUCAUCAAAGCGUGUGCAUGAAGAUUAUUAUUCCUGUGUUGGAAGAAGAUUCUGUAUCUACUACAUCAGUUAUAUCUCGAUUUUCCAUGUUGCCGCAGUCUAAUCAAUCGGGUGAUAAUCUAGACAAAAGUGCGCUAUCGCUUUUGGACAGUGCAAAAUCGUGCGAAGCAUUGGAUGAUAAUGCCACGUCUGUAAGCGGGAUGCUUGUGGAUUCACAAUUUCAUAUGGAUAUCAACAAUGAAUUCAACGCAGUCUGGUCGGGCCUUACACAAAAUCUAGACACGUCAUUACGAAAGUUGAAGCAUAUUGCAAGAAAGCAAGCCUCCAAUAUGAUUUCUCAGGGAAUGUACGCACCGUACGUUUCCAUGGCGGGUGGUCAGUACUCUUGCACAUCAGACUUUGUCAACUCCCGUAACAGCAUGCAGCCAUCUGUAGCUUCUAUAGGUAGCUCAGACGCACUUGAUACUAUGAGGCAAGGAAGCACAAAGCCUGCACGAUUGACAACAUUUGGAUAUGCAGGUGGGUUUAGCGGAUCUCGUUCUCGACAACCAAGCGCUAUGAGUGCCUUGUCUGCAACAUCCUCGAUUGGAUCUUCAACUUCUUUUGGUCCAUUACAAUAUCGAAUAGCAAGUACACUUCCAAGACACGGAUAGCCCAACUCGGUCUUUUCCCUUCGCCUAAUAAACAUACCAAAGAAAGCUAAAUUAU